GAACAGCUUCAUCGGCAUCGAGGUGGAUCGGGGAUCCGAAGCAAGCCACAAGUGGGCACGGGCUUCGCAGGGUGCGCAGACCGAACCACCGAGAAGUGCGUACUGGCCAUCGUCGGAAGAAGCGGAGAUCACCAAGAUGCAGGUGACGACCUGGCUGGAUCAGCUAAAAGUGGUGAAAGGCAAGAUGAUCCCGGCUGUGGUAAAGGAGCUCUCCCAGCCGGUACGGAAAGUGUCGGAUGACGACCAGGAGUUGCAGGAGAUCAAACGGCAGGCCAUUGACGCCGUGAAGGGAGUCCUGGACACCGGGCGGCUGGCCUGCUAUGACGCCAGGUGGGAGGUCAUGUACACCCUCUGCGAGAUGAUGGGCGCCCCAUUCGCCCGCCUAAAGCUGGAGGAGAGUGAUUCUGAGCUCCAGGCUCUCCAGGCAAGCGUCUGGGUGGAAUGGCUGUCCUGGAUGGACGAAAAGCGAUGGCUCCAGGAGCAGCUGGAGAACCCGGAGCAGGUUGUUCAGGACACCAUGGACAUGGGAUCCAGGGCAUCCGGCCGUGUGAACGCCUCGGUCAUGAAGGCAGUGCAAAAGCUCAUCUGCAACUUUGCCAAGAAGUUCUCAGACGGCUUUGUCAAGAAAACUGGCGAUUGGUUUCUGCAGCAGAUCAGAAGGCUCUAUGACGACCAGUGGGGUGUCGUGGUGGAGCAUGGCAUCCGCGGCUUUUGCACCUUGUUCCGGUACAAGGAGCAUCGUGAGAUGUUCAGCGUCUCGCUGGUGGGCAACCGCAACAGCGUGGGCGAGUGCUUCCGCGAGGAUGUUGAGAAGCUGAUCGAGGAGAUGCAAGCGAUGCAGAUGGAGCAGGAGGAUCGGUGCUUUGACAGCAUCAACAGGCUCCUCGUGUACACGCAUCCCCUGAUCGAGAUUGCUGGUCGCAUUGAUGCAUCUGCAGAGGGUGCCGCGCCGGAGUUGAAGGGGAUUUUUGGCUUUGAGGGAUCUACGGGGUAG